AUGCGGCAGAAAUACAUCAAAGGCAAGCCAUGCAAACCGUAUAAUUCCACGCUUGGAGAAUUCUUCAGGUGUACCUGGGAGGUCGAAGACUCCACUCCCUCAUUGCCUAUCUCUUCAGGUCAAGACAUAGUCAAUGGUGUCUCAACAACAAAAGAUGCAGCAGGAGAAACGGUCAAGAUCUGUUACUUGACCGAACAGACUUCCCACCAUCCGCCGGUUUCUGCCUUCUAUAUAGACUGCGCAGAACGAGGCAUCUCCGCUCGAGGCUUUGACCAAAUCACCGCGAAGUUUACAGGAACGAGUAUCCGCGUUAGUCCUGGUCAGCACAAUUUGGGCAUCUUUGUUAAUCUUGAGAAGCGGGAUAACGAGGAGUAUCAAUUAACCCACCCUAGUGCCCAUUUGGGAGGGUUGUUAAGAGGUGCUCUCUCUAUUUCAGUAUCCGAUACAUGUUAUAUCACCUGCCCCAAGACGCGCAUCAAGGCUAUUUUACAGUACUUGGAGGAGGGUUGGAUUGGCCGGGCCCAGAAUAGGGUUGAGGGCGUUAUUUUUCGCUAUGACCCAGACAAUGACUCUUCGACAAAGAUCAAAGAUGUGCCACAAUCUGAUAUCCUUACCCGUAUCAGCGGCUCCUGGCAUGGGAAAAUAUACUUCACCUUCCCUGGAUCAACGGAGCCUCAACUUCUGAUUGAUAUCGAUCCCCUCAUGCCAAUCCCGAAGAAUCUGCCUCCUGAUGAAUAUCAGUUGCCGAAUGAAUCUCGCAGAUUCUGGUCUGAUGUUACCGCAGCGAUAUUGGGGAAGCAGUAUAGUCAAGCUACGAAAUUCAAGCACGAGAUUGAGGAACGGCAGCGACAGAAGGCAUCAGAGCGGAAAGAGAAGAAUGAGGAGUGGACGCCACGCUUUUUUACAGAGGCAGUCACACCACUAGGGAAGCCUGAGCUGACCGAAGAAGGGCGUAAAGUUCUCGACGGACUCCACAAAAAUAGCUACAAACUGGAGGAAAGCAAGGUUUUAGGCGCAUAG